CAAAACUUCCAGCGGCAACGUCCUUUCAACGAACGUUACCCCGAAAUUUAGCUCUGAAGAAUUGAGCUCGCGUCGCUUCGAAGCCCUCAUCCGAUCUCAGGUUAUCCUUUUUCUUCAGUCAUGUCGACGGAAGAGCCCGCUGUAGUUGUGGAGUCUGUACAAGAACUAGCUGUUGCCGAGCCAGCCGAGGAGAAAGAGGCCGCAGAUGCUGGUGGCAAGACCAAGAAAGCCAAGGAGCCAAAACCUAAGAAGGCUGCUGCUCCUAGAUCUCGAAACCCUCCUGCGCAUCCUCCCUAUGAAGAGAUGAUCAAGGACGCAAUUGUUACGCUGAAGGAGAGGACUGGUUCUAGCCAGUACGCGAUCACCAAGUUUAUCGAAGAGAAAUACAAGCAGCUUCCGUCCAACUUCAGGAAGAUUGUGUUGCUCCAAUCAAAGAAGCUUGUGGCUGCCGGAAGGCUCGUUAAGGUCAAGGGAUCAUUCAAGCUUCCCUCUGUUAAGUCAUCGGCGCCGAAGGCAUCUGGGAAUUCUGCUCCUGCAAAGAAGCCUGCAGCUGCUAAGCCUAAGGCUAAGCCAGCUUCUAAGCCGAAGGAGACGAAAUCAAUCAAGGCGGCCACUAAAUCGCGUCCCAAGCCCAAAGCAGUCGCCAAGUCAAAGCCUAAAGCGGCUACCAAGCCGAAGGCCGCUCCGAAGCCCAAAGCUGCUCCGGCGAAGCAGAAGGCUGCACCGGCAAAGCCUAAGGCUGCUGCCUCUAAGCCAAAAGCUGCUGCUAAGCCCAAGGCUGCCGCAAGACCAAAGGCCAAGGAGAGACCGGCCAAGGCGUCUAGGACAUCGACCAGGACAUCGCCGGGCAAGAAGGCCCCUGCUCCUAAACCGGCACCCAAGAAAGCUGCGGCGUCCAAGAAAGCUCCUGCUAAAGGCGUUAAGCCUAAGAGUGUGAAGUCUCCAGCAAAGAAGGCUUCGGCAAAGAGAGGAAGGAAGUGAAGGGGGGAUCAGAGCCUAGUGUCUGUAGGGUUAGUCAUGUAAAGUUCCUUGUCGUUGCUUUGUAGAUGGAUCAACAGAUGUCCCUAAACGUUAUCGAAUUUCAUCAGUUUUUUCUUGGUUGCUUGAAUUUUUUUCCCCUCCCUUUUCAUAUCUAAGAAGUAGACAUAUGAUCUAGCCUAUUGUAGUUCAACGAGUUCUGAUAAAUGAAAUUACAGUUUGAGGGUUUCCUAA